ACCAAAAAUCGUUUCACCUCACUAGGCUUCUUGUCCAAAGAAUGGAUCCCUUAGAUUCUCUUGUUGUGAAACGUAUCGAAGGAAAAGAGAAGUUGAAAAGGAAAAUUAUUAAAAGCCAGAAAUCAGUAUCAAUAUGCUGCAGAGGAGAAGGGAAAUUUGUGCCAAUGAAAGUGGCAAUUCAAGAGGCUUCAUCCAAAAGUUCACUCUUGGAACGAAUUAAUUCUCUCGAAACUCGACUUCUUCAGUUGUGCCUGGAAAUUGAAGCUGCCAGAACAUCAUGCAGUUCUUCAAAUAUACAGACUCCAUUUGCAGAAAAAUCAAGAACUACUAAUGAUGCCAAGAGACUAACAGCUUCUUCUUAUCCAAUUUUUGAUUACUCAAAACCUUCCGGCAAAUCACAAUCUCAACUCUUUGUCAACAAGUGCGAGGCCUUAGAGAACAAAUCUAAUAUGGUGUCACAAGAUUUGGAGCAAUCAUCUUUCAUGAAGAAGAAACAGUUGCAUUUUGGGAGAAGCAAAAGUACCAAGGAUGUUGGAAAAACAAGUAAAAAUGGGAAGAAGAAAAGCUUAAAAGAAAGUUGGCCACAUCUCAGGGUCUUAGGUUGCUAAUUAAAUAGUAUACUACUAAUUAAAUUGUUAGCUGCUUCUUUUGUUUGUCUAACCUUUUGAUACUAGUAGCACUUAUGCACUUUUAUAAAGCUAAAGUUAUUGAGUUAGAUAAAUCGUAUCUCUUUCAUUAGAUUCAACCUUGUCGAUGUUCAGCGGAUGACAUUAUGUCAAAUGAAUACUUAUGCAAUAAGUGAAUAGUAAGGAAAUUCAUAUCUUUGGGGAU